GCCCCCCCCCCCCCCCCUCACUCUCUUUCUCUCUAACACACAUUUGUAUUCAUCACAUUUGUGACUUUCAUCUUUUUAGGCAAUUUUCCACUCACUUACAAGCAAAAGAUUCUCUGAGUUUUUUGCUAAUUUUAUAUAUAAUGGUGAGAGGGAAAACUGAGAUGAGGCGUAUCGAAAACGCGACAAGCAGACAAGUUACUUUCUCAAAGAGAAGAAAUGGAUUGUUAAAGAAAGCCUUUGAACUUUCUGUUCUUUGUGAUGCUCAAGUUGGAUUGAUUAUCUUUUCUCCUAGAGCCAAGCUUUAUGAAUUUUCCACUUCAAGCAUGCAGGAGAUUAUCAAGCGUUAUCAGAGGCAUACUAAAGAUGUUCAGGGUGAAAAACCAUCCGCGGAACAGAAUAAUAUGCAGAAUUUGAAUAAUGAUACAAAAAGUCUGAUGAAGAAGAUUGAGCUCCUUGAAACAUCUAAAAGGAAGCUCUUGGGAGAAAGUUUAGAAUCUUGCAGUCUUGAAGAACUUCAACAGAUAGAACAUCAGUUGGAACGGAGUGUCAACAUCAUCCGCGCAAGAAAGAUGGAAGUCUUUAGGGAACAUAUUGAGAGAUUGAAAGAAAAUGUGAAAGACCUUGCAUCUGAAAAUGUUAUGUUGUUAGAGAAGCAACAAAUAUCAGGUGGAGAAGACCUUUCUAUAGAGAGUAUCGAAAAAUCUGAUGUAGAGACUGAAUUAUUUAUUGGACUACCAGAGUGCAGAACAAAGCACCCUUUUAAAAAUUAAUGACUUUGAUUAUGUAAUGAAGCAGACUGAUUCCUAUAUCCAUAAAUUCCCCCUUUGCCCUC